GCUGUUUUGGCUUCAGCCCACAGACUGUAUCAGACGGAGCGGGGAGACGACAGCAGACGAUCCGCAGAAACCUCCACUGUUUUCUUUGUGACCGGGUUGCGUUAGCAGCAGCUGUACUGCACAUUCAUCAGGCUAUAACUGUGUAAUAACACUGACAGAGAUGCCGUCCGACAGACCCUUCAAACAAAGGAGGACAUUUGCUGACCGGUGCAAAGAGGUCCAGCAGAUCCGUGAGCAGCACCCCAACAAGAUCCCUGUGAUCAUUGAGAGAUAUAAGGGAGAGAAGCAGUUGCCUGUUCUGGACAAGACCAAGUUCCUGGUACCUGACCACGUCAACAUGAGUGAGCUGGUCAAGAUCAUCAGGCGUCGGCUGCAGCUGAACCCCACGCAGGCCUUCUUCCUGCUGGUCAACCAGCACAGCAUGGUGUCAGUGUCCACACCCAUCUCCGAGAUCUACGAGCAGGAGAGAGACGAGGACGGCUUCCUCUACAUGGUCUACGCCUCGCAGGAGACCUUCGGCUGCUAGGGAGGGAGAGGGGGGCGGGGAGGGAGAGAGCGGGACAUCUUCAGGUGCUGGGAGAUUGGGGGGGAGAGGGUAGAGGAGGGGCGCUUGAGGGGAAAAGAGAGGUAUGUGGUAUCAGAACCGAGCAGAAACCACCAAACUCCAUGAUCCUCUCCACUUUGUUGCAUUGCAGGCCCACGUAGCAACACCCAGUCAGUCAGUGUACAUGUGACAGACACCCCCUGUCCCUCUCUCUCUGUCGUAGUCGAGCACCUUUUACAUAUUGGUCAGUAAGUACAACACUAGCUACAAAAGCCAGAGGACAUCCUGUGUGUCUUUCCUGCCCUCAGAGUUAGAAAUCAGAAUCCUACCUGUGACAGCUCUGAGUGCUUUAUUUUACUUCUUGGUCCUGCUCCCACACAGACCGAAGUCUCUUAUUUUGAAAGGGUGGGACAAACCAACCAAUGACUUAGGAGUUUGGAAGCUGUCUGUAAAGUUCCACAAAAGCGCUAUUGAUUGAUUUUCAUCCUUUCAGCUCUACAUAUACAUGUAUUAGAUGAAGCUAAACUUGAAACCAGGCGGUCGCUUGCAAGCCGGUCAGAGUUCAGGAUGUAAUUUGAAGCUUGGCUGAUGAAGUCACUGAUACUGCUUAAGAUAUGUACGCAGGUGAAACACAGCACAGCACAGUGUGGUUCAUAACUAUCCAGUAAUUUGCUGUGUCAGUCUAUAUCCUCAUCAUUGCAACAGCAGUAGUAGAAACUAGAAGACAGAUUGGUAGUGAUCGUUGUUUUACCUUUUAACUUUUUUAACUCACGUUUUAGUUUUUUAAUUCUCGUCUCUCGUUUGAAAUAUUAGCUGUAGUUUAGUUUGUGUUAUAUAACUAGUUCAGAGUUUGUUUUAAUCAUACAUUUACCGUCAGCCUGAAGCUCAACUUGCCAACUCGCUACUGGCUACAGAGUAGCUGACAAUCAGGCUAAAAAUGACUGUAAUCCUGGGGAAGUUAUUAGCAUCUACAGUUUAACACGUGCAAUAUUUAUCCUUUCACGCUCUUGCAGGUUUUAAAGACACAUGAGAACAGCAGCACUGUUGGGUAACGCUGUUAAUCAGAUAUGUUCAGUCUUGGUUGUGAUCUGCCUUCAACACUACUCCACCCCCUCCUCUGUAAAGCUACUGAACGUAGCCACACGCUGCUACACCUGGUCCCUCAGGUCAGCAUCCCGUUAACAGCCGUUAUUCACACUGGUGUUUAUGUCUUUUUGCCCCAUAAGCACAAUACACCUUAGUAUCACUACUCACCUGUCUUUCUGCACAGGGCUCCACCCCCCACCCCCCUACCCACACCACACACACACAUAUUUAACCACAUGUAAUGUCGUAACCGAUCAGGUGAAGCAGAUUUAAAGGCCUAUCCAGUAGAUUUUAGGUGGUGGGUUUGAAUGGAAACACGAGGGAUGCUCUCUGCUCCAACAGUUAAACGCUUGCUUGCUUUUCAUGCUUGUUUGGUUUUGUUUUCAGAAGGAUCGUGUUUCUUCGAGUAAAAUAACAUAAAAACACACAAAUGCAGGAAAUGAGAAUUUUAGAAGGCAAGCCGUUCUCAAGCUUGAAGCUGACACUGUUGGUGAGGAGUGGCAGCACAGGAGGAGACACUGCCUCCACAGUGGGGAAACAACGGGUCACAAGCAAUUACACAGGGAUGAUUACAGGACAGGAUGUUUGUGUUUUGACACACUGUGAGAUUUUUUUCUGGCAGACAUGGACAGUGCAGUGAAAUGCCAAUAAAAUGAUCCCAUUUUGUAUAUUGAGCAAAGCUGACGCCGCCUGUGCUGGGAGCCAGGAUGUAAUCAAAUCAGCUGAGGUGAGCUGAACCAAGACCCUGAUUUAAUAUCAUUUCUCCACCGUGAGGGCGAGGUCUCCUCCUGGCCUCGUGCUACACAGCUUGUAAGAUUGCAGCGUGUGUCAUGGUAGCAUAGAGUUGAGCAUUAGACAUAAUAACAUGUAUUUAAUGUAGGAAACGAAUGAGCUUCUUUUGCACAUAAAUUAAUACAAAUAUAAAAAGGAGUUGGCAUAGUUUUUUUUUUUAGAAAUGACUGUAUCUAUAUAAUAACUAUCUCUUCUUUUUGUAUCUGCUCCUCUUCAGUAGAGCUGCUGCUCUUUAUCUGUCCGUUUGUCUGUCUGCCUUUGUUUAAUAAGACUUUUUAGACAAAAAAGGUUAUGAUGCACUACAAACGUUGCAUGUUUUGACUUUUUUUUAUAAAUGUAUAUUGAUUUUACGCUAUAGAUAUAAUUGUAUUGUUUUAUUUAGAAAAAAAAUCCAAGUCUUUUUAGGUGUUUCCCAAACCAAAAACUGAAAAUAAGUGUAUGUGUAUGUUUGAAACAAACAAAAAAAACUGUGUGCGUAUAAACGAUCAUAUAAUCGAGCUGUAUUACAAAGUGUGUUUUCUCUAGGCUUUCUGACAUUGUCACUAUUUGGAGGGGUGUACAUAGAUGCAUUGCUACAACCUUAUUCAAAGCAUUUGCCAAUAAAUAAAAAAGUUGCCUUUAAA